AUGGCCGAGAACAAGAUGCUGAGCGGCGGCUCCGUGAACAUGGACGAGGUCAUGAGCGGGCUGCGGAAGCGGAGCUUCUCGUCGACGGCCGGCGCCGCGGCGCCGCCCGCGGCCCGGCGGCGCUCGGGCGCCCCGGCGCCCGCGCCGGCCGAGGAGCCGCCGCUGAAGCGCACGCGCGGCGCGGGCCGCAAGCCGCCGAGCCGCGGGUCGAGCCCGCCGCCCGACGAGGACGAGGAGAAGGAGCCGACGGGCCGGCGCAAGGCCGGCGCGACGGCCGCGCGGCGGAGCCGCAAGCCCAAGAAGGCGCCGCCGAACGCGUCGGAGCGCUCCGCGGCGGAGCGGCUCUCGAAGCAGCGCGAGGCCGUCCACUCGUCGCAGCGCCGCCAGAAGAUGUACGUCGACUACCUCAAGGCGAACCACGGCGCCGCGAGGGCCCCGGACGACGAGUCCGACGGCGGCGACGCCCCGAAGCCGCCGCCGAAGAAGCGCGGCGGCCGGGCGAGCUCCGCGCCGGAGGCGUCCAAGCCCGGCGACUGGUCCAUCGACGCGGAGCCGGACGUCCACGACGCGUCGCUCCGCCGGGCGAUCGCGCUCCAGUUCCUCACGUACCGCACGUCCAACGAGCUGAGCCAGGAGCGGUGGCGCGACAUCCUCGUCGACGACUUCGAGCUCCUGCUGCCCCGGGAGCCCUACCGCGUGGCCUUUGGGGUCUCGGUGACGCAGAACACGCACAAGAUCCUCGGCGUCGAGAACGUCGUCCACGACACGCGAUCCAUCGGCGCGCUCGUGGAGAUG